AAAUAGCAAACCAAUGAUACUUGAUCUUACUCCUUCUAAAAGUGGUUUGCGCUCACAGAGUCGCAAUUCUAUGGUCUACAAGUCAACCUCCAAGAAAAAAUAGUUAUCCUUUUUAUCCCUAUAUUUCCUCCAUUUUAUCACCAAGUUCCUCAAUUCUCUGAAUCCCCCAAAUCCCCACCAGUCAACCGCCAUUUCUGACAAUCAUCAUCACCACCAAAACCCUGGAAAUGUCUUCCUCAUCAAUCUUAAGAACAUCUAAACCCUCAAUUCAACUCCUCCCUUCCAUCCAACGUCUCUCUGUUCGCCACCUGUCUUCCUCUACAAAUGGCGCAAUCAAAGAAGACCCACAAUCGUCUUCCUCACAAACAAACCCUAAAUCAUGGAUUCUCAAAUGGGUUUCUGGAAUUGCAAUUGGGUCAAGUUUCGGCGCUUUAUUUUACCCAUUUUCAUCUGACGAUAGUAUUAAUAAUAAUCAUAAUGUAUCUUCAUCAUCUUCUUCGUCUUCAUCUUUAUCUUCUGUUUUUGAUUCAAUUAGAGGAAAGUCAAUGUUGGCGUUCGCUGAUUGGUCACCUGGUCCCACAGAAGCUGCUUCAACUUCUUUGGAUUCUGCGCCCAAUUCUCUCUCCUUGAAGAAUUCCAGGUUUCUUUUUCCGGAUGCAUAUAGAAGGAAGGUCUUUUUUAAAUACGAAAAACGUAUAAGAAUGCGCAGUCCUCCGGAGAAGGUAUUCGAGUAUUUUGCAUCAGUUCUGAAAUCUGAUGGUGAAGUAUUGAUGACACCAGCUGAUUUGAUGCGAGCUGUAGUCCCUGUUUUCCCCCCAUCUGAAUCACGCCUAGUCCGAGAUGGCUACCUUCCAGGGGAGAGGCCUCCAGGAGAGUUGAGAUGUCCUGCUUCUGAGUUUUUUAUGCUCUUUGACAUUAACAAUGAUGGUCUGAUUUCUUUUAAAGAGUACAUUUUUUUUGUCACUUUACUGAGUAUUCCGGAAACAAGCUUCUCUGUGGCCUUCAAGAUGUUCGAUAUCGAUAAAAACGGAGAAAUUGACAGGGAUGAAUUCAAAAAAGUUAUGACUCUGAUGAGAAAUCAAAAUAGACAAGGAUCUACUCAUCGUGAUGGGCGUCGACAUGGUAUAAAUCUUGGAGAUUCCGUAGAAAAUGGAGGCUUACUUGAGUAUUUUUUUGGCGAGGAUGGUGAGAUGCAGUUGCAUCAUGACAAAUUUGUCCGAUUUUUGAGAAAAUUACAUGAUGAAAUCGUGAGAUUGGAGUUUUCCCACUAUGAUUAUAGAUCUCAAGGGACUAUAUUAGCCAAGGAUUUUGCUCUCUCCAUGGUUGCUUCUGCUGACAUAAGGCAUGUUAACAAGUUGCUUGAGCGGGUUGAUGAAUUGGACAAUGACCCACAAUUUAGUAGUAUACGCAUUACAGAAGAUGAAUUUCGCAAAUUUGCAGAGCUACGUACAAAGCUGGAGCCUUUUGCAUUGGCCUUAUUUGCUUAUGGUAAAGUUAAUGGUUUAAUGACGAGGGAUGACUUCCAGCGAGCUGCGUCUCAGGUGUGUGGUGUUUCUCUGACUGACAAUGUGGUGGAGAUCAUUUAUCAUGUGUUUGAUGCGAACCGUGAUGGCAACUUGUGUGCUGACGAGUUCGUGAGAGUUCUGCAGAAACGUAAUAGGGACAUUGCUCAACCCCUGGAGACUGGACUUUUUGGCUUCUUGUCAUGUUGCCGGAACUGUGCAAACCGUUGUUCCCUCACUCAACUAUUUUCCUAAUUCAAUGCUGAGAUUUACGAUGUAGAGCCUCGUAGUAUGGAGUUGGAAGGUUAAAUCUACGAAACUAGAUUUGUUGAUCUGUCUGAUUGGUGGAAGAAAGUGGCAGUAGCUUGUCAAACUUCAUAGUUAUAUAUAAAAGCAGGAGGAAGGUUUAUAUCGUAGGUUUAUAGUUAAAUAUAUAAUAGUUGUAAACUUGUAAUCUGAUGAAGAAACUGUAGCUACUAAUGAUGUUAGUAACAAAUGAACAUGUAAGUAACUUCUUAUAUACAUGUCUCUGCCAUCACAACACUGAGGUGGUUGUAAAUUUUGUUUAAAGUAAUGCAAGUGUGAGACUAUUGCUUAAGUUUCAGCUA